CACUCAUUAGAACGGAAGAAGAAGACAACACGGAUGUAGAACUGGGAGAGCGAGUUUCUUUUUUAACAUUCCUUCCUCGUAGACGAAUUGUAGACUACAUAGGUGAAUACAACCUGAGAGGAACAGGCUCUUUUGACAAUAAUAAUACCACAAGUCUACUAACUAUGUCUAAAUUACAGUCUUUGAAUUCGUUUCUUUCUGAGUGUUUGACGGCGGCGACUGUGGAGAUUUUUGGGGCAGUUGAGAAAGUCGUAACUGAGUACCAGGAUGUGAUCUCACGAUCUAAAGAGGAGAAUGAUCGUCUACGGAGACACUUUGGGAUUACACCGGGUAUAAAACUAUGUACAAUAGACUCCCAGCAGCUCUCUCUCCCUGUCUCAGAAGAGGAGUUUCCCCCUGAGCAAAAACACUGUGAGCAGGAGUGGUGCCCUAGUCUGGGACAAGAGGAACCAGGGCACAUACUGAUUAAAGAGGAACUGAGGACUAGCCAGGAGGAAGAUCAGUUUCAAGGGCCGAAGGGUAAUACCAUAGAGUUUAUAUUUAGUUCUCCCUGUGUGAAAAGUGAAUGGGAUCAGGAAGCCAUCAGCCACUGCUCAGCUGUAAUUAGUGACCAAGUAAACAGUCCACCAUUGGAUCCCGAACCAACAUUGGGGGAAUACUGUUCUAAACUCAGUACCAUGUCUAAAAAAUCUCACUGCUGCUGUGACUGCGGCAAAGUAUUUGCUCUAAAGGCUGACCUUCAGAGGCAUGUGACUCUCGCCAGGGAAAGACCUGUUGAGUGCCCCUACAACUCCACCAGUAAACUGAAGGCCCACGUCCCACUCUGUCACGGUGGGAACCCCUGCCUUGUUUGUGGCAAGACCUUUAAAAACAGAGCACAUCUAUCCCAGCACAUGAGGAUUCAUACACGAGAGAGGCCAUUUAGCUGUGGUGACUGUGGGAAAUGCUUCUAUAGCGAGGGGCUGCUGAAUGUGCAUAUACAGACUCAUAAAGGAGAGAAAGCAUUUAGCUGUGGAUACUGCGGGAAAAGCUUCUAUCAGAAGGGGAACCUAACCCAACAUGUACGUACUCACACAGGAGAGAGACCAUUUAGCUGUGGUAGCUGCGGAAAGAAAUUCAGUCGAAAAACACACCUGAACAGGCAUAUACUGACUCACACAGGUAAAAAACAGCAUGGCUGUUCUGUGUGUGUGGUAGAAGAUUCACUGGGAAUGCUUACCUGAUGAAACGUGGAUAAAGUCCACAAAUGACAAAAACAGAACCAAAACAGAAUGGCGAAAGACAGUGAGGAAACGGACAUCUCACGUCAGAAGAUGGGACUAAAAAUGCAGGAUGUGGACAAAACUCGAAAGGAAAGCAACACCACACUGGAUCAUUCAUGCUGUUGGUUCCAAAUGAAUAGAUAUAGACUGUUUAAACGUUAGCCUGUUAACAAUUAGAUUGUUUUGGAACGUCUGAGCCACGGUGAAGAGAAAAUGAUCAGACUGAUGUUAAUACAGAAAUAAUUUUUGGGAAAGUUAUCGUUGAAUUUGAGUGUUUCUCUAUCCAAUUUGACCUGAUGGUCUAUUCUGACCUAAUGCUGCUCAUCCAUGAUAUUGCAGCAACCUUAAAGUCGAAAUCCGUUGUGGCGAAACUUCCACGUCCGUUUGUGAUAUAACAACAAAGAUGUUGCUUCAAAAAACAGUUUUAUGUUUUUCUCUGACAUCAUUGCAUGCGUGAUAGAACAGCAGAGUAUGUACAGUGGGGCAAAAAAGUAUUUAGUCAGCCACCAAUUGUGCAAGUUCUCCCAGGCCUGUAAUUUUCAUCAUAGGUACACUUCCACUAUGACAGACAAAAUGGGGGAAAAAAAUCCAAAAAAUCACAUUGUAGGAUUUUUAAUGAAUUUAUUUGUAAAUUAUGGUGGAAAAUAAGUAUUUGGUCAAUAACAAACGUUUCUCAAUACUUUGUUAUAUACCCUUUGUCGAGGUCAAACGUUUUCUGUAAGUCUUCACUUUUUUUGUCCCACUGUACUACUUAUUUUCUUAUUAUUAUUCUUAAAAAAAAAAAAAAAAAAAUGAUAACAAAUGUGCCUUGGGUGAUCAAUGGUGCUGUUUUUUGAGGAUUUCAGCUUUAACCCAACAUCAGCUUUAACCCAAAAUCUGUUCAUAUACACCCCCAGGAAAAUCACACCUUUUUAAAAUAAACAUUUAUAAUAAUCUGACAAGUGAGCACUUAGAUAUGAUAAUUCAUAGAAUGUUUGGGAUGUAUAGUACUGCUUUUGUGAAAAUUCUAUAGCAAUAUAGAGUGGGAAAGCGGCUGAUAUUUAAUAUACACUGCAGUAAAUAAAACAUCUGUCUUGGACCAGAGUUUACGCAGACCGGUGCGUCAUAGCCAAUCAGAGCUAUAGUAAGCCUAUAUGCAAAUAUGUCGUUUGCCACACGGGCCUGCCAUCCUUAACUUUGAACUGGACUGUGUUUACAUGUAAUGGCAACAGUGUGACUUUAGAUCAUUAGAACGUAUUCGCCCAAAAGCCUCAAAAUACACCUGAAUGGAUUUCUGCAAACAUGUAAAUACCACGGGAGUCCUCUUCCAUUUGGGAACUUCACAGUCCUAUUGAUAAAACAACCAUGAAAAGGUAGAAUUUCGGACGCAGACCAAUCAACAAACCAAAAGUCUUCACAACCAGACGCCGAUUUUCAAUCCCCGCAGAAUUUACCGAGGAAGUCCGCACGCUUGACUAAGGGAUAUGUUGAUGAGAAGGAACGGCAUAUUAUCUCCUUGGAAGAGCUAAAUGAGCAAAUACCGGAGAACGGGAGACCUGUCAGAAAGAUAACAAGGAAAUCACCCAGGUUUCAGGUCAAUGGGGCCAGUGAAGAUGACCAAACUGAGGGGUCCCCUAGACCUGGAGGAUCCCAGGGGGUUUUGAGACGCAGCACCAGAACCACCAGGGACCAACAGUCCAUGAUCUACGACUGCCUCAUCACUGAUACUGCUGAGGCGGUCCUCCACAAGAUUGAUGACAUGAAGAUGUGCCGCCACUUGAAAAACUCCAAACAAUCAAUGAUGUAUUCUAAAGCUCAGCGAAAGAAGACUACCGACUCUCCAACAGUAAAAACUGUUUCCAAACAAGAAACUGAAGAGUACUCUGAUGACGGUGGAGAUGAUGAGGACGACGAUGAGGAUGACGAUGAUGAGGACGAUGAAAACGACAAUAACGACAAGCGCUAUGAACCUCGACAGAAAAAAGCGGUGGUUCGUUACCAUGCGCCACUGGAUGAAUCCAGGAAUCAGCCGCCCAUGUUUUUUGACCGUCAGGCAACUUCCACUAGAGGGAGCUACCGCAUCAGUGCCUCAGUGCCCAGGAGUGCCUAUACUACCAGCCGAAGGAGUGGCAGGAUUGGGUCUAUAGGCAGGAAAAGGUAUGCUUGGCACACGCAGGAAGCCAGCUCCUCUGAUGAGGAUGACUCCUCUGAUGAGGAAGACGCAGAGCAAGAAGCCAAGAACAGGUGUCUGCCUCUGAAUUUGCGCAAAGAGGACAUUUUGGGAAUCCAUAAGGACAGAAUGAAGAUGGGUGCGAGCCUGGCGGAUGUCGACCCCAUGGUGAUUGACCAGUCGGUGCGCUUUGACAGCGUUGGCGGUCUGACAAGCCACAUCUCCGCCCUGAAAGAGAUGGUAGUCUUCCCUCUGCUCUACCCAGAGGUGUUUGAGAAAUUCAAGAUCCAGCCCCCAAGGGGCUGCCUGUUCUAUGGUCCCCCGGGUACGGGGAAGACCCUGGUAGCCAGAGCGCUGGCCAACGAGUGCAGCCAGGGAGACAGGAAGGUGGCCUUCUUCAUGAGGAAGGGGGCCGACUGCUUGAGCAAGUGGGUGGGCGAGUCGGAACGCCAGCUCAGGCUGCUCUUUGACCAAGCCUACCAGAUGCGGCCAGCCAUUAUCUUCUUUGAUGAAAUCGAUGGGCUGGCUCCGGUUCGCUCCAGUCGCCAAGACCAGAUACACAGUUCCAUCGUGUCCACCCUGCUGGCCCUGAUGGAUGGCCUGGAUAACCGAGGAGAGGUGGUGGUGAUUGGCGCCACCAACCGACUGGACUCCAUCGACCCCGCCCUUAGACGCCCCGGACGCUUCGACAGGGAGUUCCUCUUUGGCCUCCCUGAUCGUGAGUCCCGGAAAGAUAUCCUAAAGAUUCACACCAGACAGUGGAGUCCUACACCGUCCGAUCCUUUCCUGGAGGAGUUGGCUGAUAAAUGUGUUGGCUACUGCGGCGCCGACAUCAAGGCGGUGUGCGCCGAGGCGGCCCUCUGCGCGCUACGCCGCCGUUACCCCCAGAUCUACGGCACGUCCCAGAAGCUCCUGCUGGAUGUGGGCUCAAUCAACAUCAACAGCAGGGACUUUGUGGCCGCCAUGAGGAAGAUGGUGCCAGCCUCCCAGAGGGCCGUGUCGUCCCCUGCCAAGGCCCUGACCCCCGUGGUCACGCCUCUGCUGGGCCCCGAACUCACCAACGUGCUGGACGCACUGCAGAAGGUCUUCCCCCACGCCGAGCAGGGCCUCAAGAGGAAGAGGGACACAGAUCUGACAGCUAGCAUUCUGGAGGAUGACCUCAUGUACAGUGGGGAUGAGGGCCCCUCAACCAAUAAUUCCAUCACCAAACAGACCACCACCAAAGGGAGCUUCCUCCAUUUUGCCAGGAGUGCGACCUGCCACCCCACCACCUACCGGCCCAGGCUGCUGCUGGCUGGGCGUCCUGGGGCGGGUCAGAGCUCCCACCUGGCCCCCGCCGUGCUCCACGCCCUGGAGAAGUUCACCGUCUACACCCUGGACAUGGCCGUGCUGUUUGGAGUCAGCUGCACCUCCCCCGAGGAGGCCUGUGCUCAGGUGUUCUGCGAGGCCAAGCGGACCUCCCCCAGCAUCCUGUACAUCCCCCACAUCCAGCAGUGGUGGGACACGGUGGGCCUGACCCUCAAGGCCACAUUCCUCAGCCUGCUGCAGGACAUCCCAUCCUUCUCCCCCAUUAUGCUGCUGGCCACCAGCAACGUGGCUCACCACGACUUGGCUGACGAGAUCCAGACUCUGUUCCGGUUGGAGUACGGAGAAGUGCACUCUAUCAAAACUCCCACCCAGCAGGAGAGAAGGAAGUUCUUUGAGAAUCUCAUCCUUAGCCAGGCUGCCAGGGCACCUGCUUCCAAGAAGAAAGCCUUGAUGCAUGCCAUGGAGGUGCUCCCCCUUGCCCCUCCUCCUCCCCCCAGGCAGAUGAGUGAGAGGGAGCGUCUGCGUCUGGAGGAGCAGGAGGAGGACACACUCAGGGAGCUGAGGCUGUUCCUGCGCAACGUCACCGAGCGCCUCUCCCAGGACAAGCGCUUCAAGGCCUUCACUAAGCCUGUGGAUGUCGAAGAGGUUCCUGACUAUAUUAAGGUGAUCAGGCAUCCCAUGGACCUCUCCACUGUGCUGUCCAAGGUCGACCUCCACAAGUACGUGACCGUCAGGGAGUUUGUCAACGACGUGGACCUGAUCUGGAAGAACGCCCUGGAGUACAACCCUGACAGCGACCCAUCUGAUCGUCAGAUUCGUCACCGGGCUUGUGCCCUGAAGGACACGACCCACGCCAUCAUCCGUGACGAACUGGACGAGGACUUUAACAGGAUCUGUGAGCAGAUCAGAGAGUCACGCAACAAGAGAGGGUGCACGUCAUCAAAGUUCGCCCCCUCUUACUACCAGACCUUGCCCAGAGAGGAAGGGUUCGCAGAGUCCAAGAGGCCAGGCGGUAACACUGGCAAAGACGCCAGCACCCCGUUCACUGCCAACACCCCACGGCCCGCACAGAGGCGUGUGACCCGUGCCACUAGGACUCUGGUGCAGCAGCAACAGCAGUUGAUUGACGUGGACAAGGCCCUGGAGAUCCUGACCCAGAAGACCCCUCAGCUGGUUGUGGACCACGACAAACUCAAGGAAUUGCUCAAAAGAGCUGUGUCCAAGACUGAGGGUUAUGAGGUGCAUCAGCUGGAGAAGCUCUAUGCGUUGUUGUGUCAGAGCAUCUACAGGUACCGCAAGAACUUUGAUAAGACAGAGCUCGUACAGGAAAUGAAGGGAGACAUUGACAACUUUUCCUAACUUCGCUUGAUGUUUUGCUUAUUUCCAUAUUGUAAUAAAAUAUGAUGCAUUUAAAGAUCUUUUUUAUU